AUGGCGUGGGGUUUGUUAGGACUGCGUAUCCUUGACCAGCUCCAGUGUGGUAUGAUGAGAGUUCCCAGCCGUUUAUUGAGGGCGUGAGGUCGUUGGCUGUUACAUUUGCUAUCAAGCGGAAAGACUCGGAUGUUGAGCGAGGAGGGAAUAUGGGUGAUGAAGUUGGUGCUGCUGAGGCGAAGGCACCGAUCAAAGCAAAUGCCGUUGCUGCUGAGAGAAACAUUUUUGAUGAUUGUAGUAGCGGAUUAUCGUUUGUAGUAAGUGAUAGAAGAUGUGGGUUGUUGGUGUCGUUGUGUUAUGGCACUGA